UUUCCUUGUACACGUUAGAAGCAGCCAUUUUUGAAUCCUCACACCAAAUUGAAAAAUAGUUGAAUAUUCUAAGACUCUCACUCACCAGCUCAAGAUUCCAAGUCCCGGCGCGUCAGCAUGGGAAGCAAAUACCCGAACCCGAUUUCACCAUCACAUACCCGAAUCGGAUGGAUCGGCAUCGGAGUCAUGGGCGGCGCCAUGGCCUCCCGUCUCAUCUCCGCCGGUUACACUCUCACUUUCUACGCUCGCAACCCAACCCACCCAAACUCCCUCUCCCUUCAAUCCCAAGGCGCCAAACUCGCCGAUUCACCUUCCCAUCUCGCAACCUCAAGCGACGUCGUUUUCACAAUGCUCGGCCAUCCCUCCGACGUCAAAUCCAUCCUCCUCGACCAAAACGGCGUCGUUUCAUCCCUAAACCCUAACACCGUCACAGUCGACUCCACCAGUUCUCAUCCAGAUCUCGCCAGAGAAAUUUCCCUCGCCGCAAGAGCCAAAAACGCUUGGUCCAUCGACGCUCCCGUCUCCGGCGGAGACAUCGGAGCAAGAGACGGAAAACUAGCAAUCUUCGCCGCAGGCGAAGCCUCUGUAGUUGAAUGGCUACAACCGUUAUUCAAAAUCAUGGGAAAAGCAACCUACGUGGGUCCAUCAGGCUCUGGACAGAGCUGCAAAAUCGCGAACCAGAUAACAAUCGCGUCGAAUUUGAUCGGAAUUAGCGAAGGUCUAGUGUUUGCAAAACGAACCGGACUUGAUUUGGAGCAAUUUGUGAAUGCAAUUCGAGGCGGUUCAGCGGGUUCGAAGGCAUUGGAGUUGUUCGGGGAGAGAAUGAUAAAGAAAGAUUUUAGACCGGGUGGUCAUGCUGAGUAUCAGGUUAAGGAUUUGGGAAUGGGUGUUAAUUUUGUUGAAGGUGGUGAUGAUGAUAGUAAGCCUGUUGUUUUGCCUGGAGCUUCUUUGGCUAAACAGAUAUUUAUUGGUAUGGUUGCUAAUGGAGAUGGAAAACUUGGUGGGCAAGGUGUUAUCUCUGUUAUUGACAGGAUUAAUGGAGAUUAGAUUUCAUCAGGUUUUGGUGAAGGUAAACUUUGUGUAUAUUCUGUAAACAUAAAUAAAAUUAGUGUCAAAUUUACUAGAUCAAGUGAUAGUAAUAUUGUCCCUAAAUAAAGCUCACUUGAUAGCUGCCAGAACUCAUACUUAAAUAAUGAGGGGAUGUAAAAUAACUUACUAGGAUGCUGAAUGAAAUUUAGAUCUAUUUUAAAA